AUGCCCGAAGACAUCAAACAAGCUGCAGACCAGCAAAUGGCAACUCGACAAAUUGGUGUGCGUUCAAGUGUGGUUGAGAGUGUUUACUUACAGUUGGAGCUGAGAAAGGUCCUUCAGACCCACCACAAGUUCCCCACAACAUUCGUUUAUCCAGUAGGUCGACUUUGCUUUGAAGGCAUCACCUACUCUGGAUCUAUCACGAAAUUUACAGUCAUCAAAGAGAACAUCAAAGAAACAUGGAAAAUCAAAUUAGAUGGCAGCACAUCAUUCGAAGACUCGCUUUGUUAUAGCUUGGGCGAUGCAUUUUGUAAGUACUUUAGCAAAUACUGA